UUUCGUGUCCCAACUUAUAUUUUAUUGUAUAAUUUUGUGUAUAAUAAGUAGCAUGAGCCGUACAGUAGAAAAUUUCCAUGUACACAUUCAAAGAGACCAGUAUGCGUAAGUAAAUCCCUUACAAGAACAAAGACCAGAGGAUUUGAAACCAAAAAUCCCUUAUAAAAUUUAUCUUCUCCCUUUCGACUCUUUCUCUCAUGUCUAAAAUUAACACGCUUCUUUCUCGCAUCAAACCCCUCCAUCACCCAAAACCCAUUUCUCCUUCUCCCUUUCCCUUCCCUCCCCACAUUAAAAUUCUUGUCAAAGACAUCAUCCAAAUCCUCAGUACCCAUCCACACUGGGAAAAAUCUCUCGAAACCCGUUUUUCAGACUGCGAAACUCCAGUUUCGGGGAUUGCCCACUUUGUGUUUGAUCGAAUUCGCGACCCAGGAUUGGGUCUGAAGCUCUUCGAAUGGGCCUCGAAACGAUCGGAUUUUAACGAUUUGCUUGAUGGGUUUUCUUGUUCUUCACUUUUGAAGCUUUUAGCGAGGUGUAGAGUGUUUGUGGAGGUUGAGAAUUUGUUAGAGACUAUGAAGUGUAAAGAUUUGGCUCCCACCCGCGAAGCAUUGAGUUUUGUUAUUGGCGCGUAUGUGGAUUCUGGGUUGGUUAAUAGAGCUCUUGAGCUGUACCAUAUUGCUUAUGAUAUUCAUAAUUACCUGCCUGAUGUCAUUGCUUGCAAUGCGUUGCUCAAUGCCCUUAUUCAACAGAAAAAAGUUGAGAUUGCCCGUAAAGUGUACGAAGAAAUGGUUAAAAGGGAUGGAUGUUGGGAUAACUAUAGUGUUUGUAUAAUGGUGAGGGGGUUGUGUAAAGAAAGGAAGGUUGAGGAGGGUAGAAAGUUGAUUAAUGAUAGGUGGGGAAAGGGGUGCAUUCCGAAUAUUGUAUUCUAUAAUACUCUCGUUGAUGGGUAUUGGAAGAGAGGUGAUGUUGAAAGAGCUAAUGGCCUUUUCAAGGAGUUGAAAAUGAAGGGGUUUUUACCUACAACUGAAACUUAUGGGAUUAUGAUUAAUGGGCUCUGUAAAAAAUGCAAUUUCAAGGCAGUUGAUGGGCUUUUGGUGGAAAUGAAGGAGAGGGGUGUGGAUGUGAAUGUUCAAGUUUAUAACAGUAUCGUUGAUGCUCAAAUUAAGCAUGGUUGUAAGAUUGAAGUGGGGAAGACUUUAAGAUGGAUUACUGAGAAUGGCUGUGAGCCUGAUAUCACAACCUAUAAUACUUUGAUUAGUGGUUCAUGUAGGGAUGGGAAAGUUCAUGAAGCUGAAGAACUUCUAGAACAUGCAAUAAAGAGGGGGUUGUCGCCAAAUAAACUUAGUUAUACUCCUCUUAUACAUGUCUAUUGCAAACAAGGGAAAUGUCUUAGGGCCUUUGAUUUAUUCAUUGGGAUGACAGAGAAAGGGCAUCCACUGGAUUUGGUUGCUUAUGGAGCUCUUGUUCAUGGCCUGGUUGCCGCCGGGGAGGUUGAUGUUGCAUUGACAGUUCGAGAUAAAAUGGUGGAGAGAGGAGUGUUACCUGAUGCAAAUGUUUACAAUGUUUUAAUGAAUGGACUUUGCAAGAAGGGGAGGCUUUCUGCUGCCAAGCUCUUGCUUGUGGAGAUGCUUCACCAAAAUUUAUCCCUCGAUGCAUUUGUUAGUGCCACUCUGGUUGAUGGAUUUAUAAGACAUGGCAAACUCGAUGAGGCCAAAAAGCUCUUUGAGCUCACAAUUGCGAAGGGUAUGGAUCCUGGUGUUGUGGGCUACAAUGCCAUGAUUAAGGGUUAUUGCAAAUUUGGAAUGAUGAAUGAUGCACUGACGUGUGUCCAAAGAAUGAAAGAUGGGGAUCAUUCGCCUGAUGAGUUCACUUAUUCAACAAUCAUAGAUGGGUAUGUAAAGCAGAACGACUUGCAUAAUGCACUGAAGUUGUUUGGACAGAUGGUGAAACAAAAAUGCAAGCCAAAUGUGGUAACUUACACGUCUCUAAUUAAUGGAUUUUGUCGCACUGGAGACUCCAGCAGGGCUGAAAAGACAUUUGAAGAGAUGCGAUCUUCUGGAUUGAAGCCUAAUGUUGUUACAUACACUAUUCUUAUUGGGUGCUUCUGUAAAGAGGGAAAAAUUUCAAAAGCUUGCUCCUUUUUUGAACUUAUGUUGCUGAACAGGUGCAUUCCUAAUGAUGUUACUUUCAACUAUCUGAUAAAUGGCCUAACGAACAAUGUGGCAACUGCAGUUUCUAACAAAGCAAAUGAGUCUCUAGAGAUUAAAGCUUCUCUGAUGAUGGAUUUUUUUAGAACGAUGAUUUCAGAUGGAUGGGAGCAGAGGGUUGCUGCUUAUAAUUCUGUGCUCAUUUGCCUUUGCCAUCAUAAAAUGGUUAAUGCUGCUUUGCAGCUUCGUGAUAAAAUGACAGGUAAGGGGAUCUUUCCAGAUCCUGUUUCAUUCGCUGCCCUGGUAUAUGGUCUUUGCUUGGAAGGGAGAUCGAAGGAGUGGAAGAAUACCAUCUCCUGUAAAUUGAAUGAAUGGGAACUCCAGAUUGCUGUUAAGUACUCACAGAAAUUGAACCCGUUUCUACCCAAAGGACUAACUUCUGAGGCUUCGAAGGUCUUCCACACGUUGCUUGAGGGUGUCAAGCUCCAUAUCCAAGAAAAUAAUUUAAUUGUCUCAGCAAGAAACAGGAGCUGAUGAAAAUCAAUUUGAAAACCUGGCGUUGGUUUUUUUUUUAAAGUCGGUCCGAAGUUAAAUGAAUCGAUGGGGCUUGCAUCCAGCUGUUGUGACACCUCAGGAUACUCAUUAGUUGCUCGGUGAAGGUCUGCUGAAAAAAUCCUUGUGUGUCAUGCUGGGAUCUGAUCUGAUAAAACCUAUUGCGAGAAAUGGUCGCCAUGAGAGUCAUUUCAGUUGCAAGCAUAAUUUCUGUUUGAUCUCAUCCAGACUAAUGCAUAUACUUGUAUAUUAUCUGCAAUUUACGUUUAACAAAGAAUUAAUGCAACCACAAGAAAAAUACAGCAGCAGCCACAACUUUCCUUUUCGAGGAUUUGGUCAUUUCCACUUCAGCUGAGAGAAAGAAGAAAAGGUUCCUCUGUUUGAGGAGGCUCUCCAUCAAUUUUUAAAAUGGUAAGCUAUUCUGCAGUAAGUGAAGGAUAUAAAGGACAUAUUGAACAACAGCCAAUCAAUCAUUUACGGUGUCUUCAUCUUCCUCUGGCUUCACAAAGAACUCAAUAUAAGCAAUUCGACUGGGUUGCUGAUAGCCAGCAGAAUCAAUGUG